AUGAGAAAAGUAUCUAAAAGAAAAAAAAGACUAGUCAACUGAGAAUCCUCUUUUUUGGUUAUAUAAUAAUAUAGAAGAAAGAACGCGUUUUGAGACAUUAUUAGAGUCAAACAACAAGAAUCAUCUACAACGAGAACAAGGAACAAGGAACAAGAACACGAACAAACCUCACCACCAACUCCAAAGUCCAAACUUACCCCACCCUUCAACCAAACACUCAAUUUAUCAUCAAAAUAUCCAAGAAAACUAAACUGAAACGAAAAGCUCAUUUCUUUCUUUCUUUCUUUCUGUUUUUUUUUUCCCCCCUUUACUUUCAAGAACUGAAAUAUUAGAAAGCAGCCAUCAAAAGCAACAGUUUUUCUUUUUCUUUAUGUAAAAUAAAUAUAAAAAGAUUGAAUAAUAAAGAUUAGAAGAAGAUGAGCUUCAGCUCAGAUGCUUUGACUACUACCCUCUGCAACUCAAUCCAAGCAUUGGGUCGUGGCUUUGAUGUUACAUCUGAUAUAAGACUUUUGUAUUGCAAGGGUGCUCCUGGGUCUAGACUUGUUCAUAUUGAUGAACAGCAUACUAGGGAUCUACAACUUUCUGAUGGAGUUUUGGUGCCUAACGUUUCUGUUGAUAUUGAUUGUUCUAUAGGCCAAAGGAGCAUUGAUAGAAUUCCUGUUUGCACUUUCCAUGAGAUGGCAGGAAGAUUCAAUGAAAAAUCAGGUAUAUCAGGACAUAUUCCACUUGGAAGCUUUAAUGGCAUGUUCAACUUCACUGGCUCUUGGCAAGUUGAUGCAGCAGCAACAAAAUCCCUUGCAAUGAUUGGGUAUUUCAUCCCCCUAUACAAGGUUCAAUUAGCAAAAGUGAAUUUAGUUCUGCAUGAGGAAAUCAAGCGUGCUGUUCCUUACUCAUGGGAUCCUGCAGCCUUGGCUAGUUUCAUUGAAAGCUAUGGUACCCAUAUUGUCACAUCUGCAACAAUUGGUGGAAGAGAUGCUGUUUAUAUCAGGCAACACCAGUCCUCAUCCUUGUUAGUGUCAGACAUUGAGAGCUAUGUGAAAGACAUUGCAGACCAGAGGUUUCAGGAAGCAAAGAGUCAGUUAAGUGCUGGGCCCUUAAAAUACAAGGACAAGGAUGUAACAGUCAUUUUUAGAAGGAGAGGAGGCGAUGAUCUUGAGCAGAGUCAUGCCAAGUGGGCAGAAACAGUGCAGUUGGCACCAGAUGUAAUUAACAUGACAUUUACACCUAUAAUCUCUCUGCUUGAAGGAGUGACUGGCAUUAAACAUUUAGCCCGGGCAAUUGACUUAUACUUGGAGUACAAGCCACCGAUAGAAGAUUUGCAAUAUUUCUUGGACUUUCAAAUUGCUCGAGUUUGGGCUCCAGAACAGAAUAACCUUCUAAGGAAGGAGCCCGUUUGCCCAUCCCUCCAAUUCAGCUUGAUGGGUCCCAAGCUGUAUAUCAGCCCAGACCAGGUAACUGUUGGUCGUAAGCCAGUUACUGGUCUUAGACUUAGCCUAGAAGGCAACAAGCAAAAUAGACUCUCCAUCCAUUUGCAGCAUCUAGUGUCCCUUCCUAAAAUUCUUCAACCUCAUUGGGACGCACACGUAGCCAUUGGUGCACCAAAAUGGAAAGGUCCUGAGGAGCAAGACAGCCGUUGGUUUGAGCCUAUUAAAUGGAAGAACUUCUCCCACGUAAGCACUGCACCAAUAGAAUACACUGAUGCUUCGAUUGGAGACCUAUCUGGUGUUCACAUUGUUACUGGUGCUCAGCUUGGUGUAUGGGAUUUUGGAGCCAAAAAUGUGUUGCACCUCAAACUCCUAUUCUCAAAGGUUCCAGGCUGUACAAUAAGGCGGUCUGUAUGGGACCAUAGUCCCUCCAAUCCUUCUCUGCAGCCAUCCAACGGGGCAUCAUCUUCAAUUUCAAAUGAGAGAUCCUCCAGUGAUAGGAAGGAAGAUAGUUCAAGCCAUGCCGGAAAAUUGGCGAAAAUAGUUGACGUGACUGAAAUGUCGAAGGGACCACAAGAUAUUCCAGGUCACUGGUUGGUAACAGGAGCCAAGCUUGGGGUGGACAAGGGAAGAAUUGUUUUGCGUGUGAAGUACUCCUUAUUGAAUUAUUGAUAGAUUGGUUUCUAUAAUUUUUAGGCUUACCCUUUUUGCAUUUGUAAGCAUAGUCAGGCAUUCUUUGCACAGGCAUCCUAGUUCUUUUGUUUAUUUGUACAUUACCUUUGUUGGUUUUAGCCCCAUAGCUGAUAGUUACAUCAUUAAAUCUUUCAGGGUCCUUUCUUAAUAUAUUUGUUUGUUAAGAGAGAAGGGUUUGUUAUCUGAUAUAAUAAUAGACGCAUUUAGUCUACACAUAGAAAGUGAUUUUUGCCCGUGAAUGAAGGACUCGCAUCAAUCUGCAUUUA